AUGCCUCGCUCCAUCUUCUCACCCGUCUUCCCCUGCCCCAUCCUAGCCUCCUCUUAUGUCCCAUGCCUCGAUCUCCUCCGCCCCGUCUUCCCCUGCCCCAUCCUAGCCUCCUCUUAUGUCCCAUGCCUCGAUCUCCUCCGCCCCGUCUUCCCCUGCCCCAUCCUAGCCUCCUCUUAUGUCCCAUGCCUCGAUCUCCUCCGCCCCGUCUUCCUCUCCUAUGUCGCCGUCCCGAGUGAUCAGUAUCUUUCUGACAAGACCUCGGCAACUAUCAUCUUGUAUGUGGUAGAGAUGCCCACGUCCGCCGGAAUCCGAACUGCCCAACUACAACGGCGUCGCACUCGCAACGGGCGGGCAGCGUGCGUUCCUGCUCGCUCGGAGCUAAACCCGAUCACGCGGCGCGGCGGCGCCGGCUGCCGGGCGGUCGAGCACGCCGGCGUGGGCGAGCAGCGCCCACAGCUGCGUCAUGAACUCGCCGCCGGCGCCGAGCACCUCGGCGUGGAUGUCCACGUUGUCCGACGGCGCGAGGAACAGCAGGAGCUCCGCCCAGAACUCGGCCAGCACCGCCCACCGCCGCCUGUCGUCCUCGCCCACGGCCGCCCCGAGCUGCCCGCCCAGCAGCGCCGCCUUCUCCACGAUGGUGCUGCUCCCCGCCCUCUCCUCCGCGCCGCCGCCGGCCUCCACGCCCUCCAUGUACUUCUGCUCGUCGGCCUCGAUCUUGUGCAGCCUCGCGAGGAUGUCGUCCUUGUUCUUGCAGCCGGCGAGGUGGCACCGCGUCUGCCGCACCACCGUGUCGAAGAUCUGCUCCGCGUUGUAGCUCGGGUCCGGCAGCAUCUCCGGCACGAACGACACCAGGUACGCGCAGUAGUUGGACAGCUUCGUCGCCACCAGCCGGUGCUCGUCGGUGCGGUCGUCGUCGCCGCGUUGGCCGCCGCGGCGACGCCUGUCCCAGUCGCAGCGCGUGGUGGCGAUGUGCCACACCAGGAUCUGGUCGGUGGCCUUGGAGAACUCGCACGCCCACGCCAGCCGCGGAAGCAGGCCGUGCCUCCGCAAUGCUGUGACGCCAUUGGUGAGGUGUCCCCGGCUCGUCUUGAGCGAGACGAGCACGGCGCGCCGGACCGGCGGCGGCAGCUCCUUCCUCUGCUCCCGCUUCUGCCCCUGCCGCCGCGGCUCCACCAGGAAGAGCGUCAGCCACGACAGCAGGUUGAGCGGGCGGUGCGCGAAGCGCUUGAGCAGCACGUACUCCCCGAUCUUGUCCUCCCAGUACCUCGCGUCCGGUGGCGCGAGGCUCUCCUUCCACCAGAGGUGCCCGCCGCGCCGCUUCUUCUGCCAGGGCUGGCCGUCGCGCACGCAGCGGUACACCGUCUUGAUGUACCUCCAGUUGUUGGAGAAGGCCGCCAGCGCCUGGCACAUCUCGAGCGCCGCGGUGAUCACGAUCACCACCACCGUGACGGAGCGGUCGAGGUCCUUGACGCCGAUCCGGAGGCGGCGGUAGUCGGGGCCGAGCGUGCCGAAGAAGGCCGUCCACAUGGUGAGCGCCAGCACGACGACGGCGAUGCAGAUGUACGUCCUGACGCCCACCAGCACGAUGUUCCGGGUGUAGAAGAAGUCGUAGAGGAAGGCCAGCUCCGCCUCGACGACCCGGAACGCGGCGUCGGGGCCGGUGGCGAUGUCCCGGUGGUGGUUGUGGUGGUGCGAUUGCGGGUGCUGCUGGUGGAUGAGGCCGUCCAGGACGAGGCUCAGUGCCUUGGCCGAGCCAGCCUCCGCCGGGACGUAGCCAUAGAAGCGGCGCUUGAGCAGCUUGAAGAGCGCGAAGGCGAGGCAGAAGUCCUUGGCCAUGUCCUUCUCGACGUCGCUGUACCCCUGCACGUCGAUCCAUCGGUAGACCUGGUCGAUGGUGACGACGGACUUGCAGGUGCUCUGCACCAGGAUCUCCUCCCGGGACAGGCGGCCGAACUCGUGGUUGAGCUCCAUGGUGUCCUCGCCGUGGAAGAGGUACUUGUACCCGGCCAUGGUCCCGGGGUCGGGCGGCCGCUGGUCGGCGGCGGUGGCGGCGAGGGACUCCUCGACGUCCAUGUACUCGGCGACGACCUUGACGGAGCGGUCGGGGAGGCUGGCCUUGAUCAUCUCGACGAUCUUGGCGGCGGUCUUGAGCACGUUGAGGCUCCAGAAGGCCCAGAUGGCGGCGCGGUAGCUGGCGUUGGUGCCGGUGGCGUUGAGGACGAGCCAGAGCACGAGCGCCGUCUGGAGGACGUGCUGCAGCAGCAGCUUCUUGCGCUGGUCGACGUCGCGGCGGCUGUGCACGGGCGCCGCGUACGCGCUGGCCUGGAUGAGCAGCAGCGCCGCCGCCCACAGCACGAAGGUCUCGCCGUGGAAGGGCCCGUCCUGGAUGAUGCCGACGGCGUAGGUGACGACGACGUAGGAGAGCGAGUAGGCCAUCCACAUGACGCCGCGGAGGAGCCGGUCGCUGCUCCGGCGCCGGGUGGAGCCGUAGAGCACCAGCGCCGCCAGCACCAUCGCGCUCAGCAGCACCACCACCUCCAGCCGCAGCAGCCGGCUCUCGAUCGUGCCCAGGUCCUCGAAGAUGCGGACGCCCAUGGCCGCCCUGCCGACCACCUCCGUGUACGACGGCCGGAGCCUGUAGCUAAGCUUCACCGGACUCACUCAGUGGCUGGCCGGCCGGCGAUCUUGCGGUGAAAUCGGUGUUAUCUGGAAGGGUGUCAGUAAUGCAUGCCUACGGUGGACCGAUGAUCUGACGUGAUGAUCCGAUGCACGGCGAGGAUGAAUUGGCACUGAGAUGAGAUGAGGAGGAGAAAGGAAUGGGAUCGAUGAAAUGUGUGCGUGUGAAGCAUCGUUUUGGGGCAUGCAGUGGGCGGUGGCACUGGGUGCAAGGCAAGAAUACUUGCGAGGCUGAGAUUUCACACGACAUCUUUGCCAGAGAGAGCUUUCUUUUUAUCAGGGCCGGGUUGGCAACAUGAAGCAAAGGAUAGAUUGCCUACGGCUAGGGGUAACGUGAACCUAUGUGCAACGGGGGUGACAGAGCAGAAAUGCACGAGUACUGAGCAGAGCAAAUGUAACUUCAGGAUUGGAAGCCUACCUGCAGGUUUCUUUGGGCGAAAAGAGGCCCUGAAGAAGCGAUAGAAAAAGGCCGUUUUUGCUUGGAGGUUCCGGAAGCGACGCCAACCGGUCUUCAGCACCCAACAGCUCUCAACUCCAGCGGAAUCCUCUCAGCUUCACCGCCCCAUGCACCGAAACCCCGGGGUUCAUGAUCCCUAGAGCCAGUCCCUCGAACUUCGCCGCACCAACAACGACCCCGCCGAUCGUUGCACAUGAGGCACUGCGACUACUCAGCACACCCUUGCCGGGGGAUGACCCCACAAUCAGAGCCAUGUAGGCCAUUAGGCAGGCCACCGUGCCCGCCCAUCUGCAGCUAUAUAAGGACAAAGAGCAGGUCGCCGCACAACAAGCCUGGUGAAGAGAAACCAUGGUUAAUGAAUAAUGUUGGCAAUCUCGAUGUUGAUACACCUUAAACAUAUCAAUAUUUUUUAUAUAAUUCAUGCUACAUUGCUAUCAA